CCGCUGUUCCACAACAUUCCAAACACAUCAUGCGAGUUGAGACCACGAUAUUCUUUACUGUUCUACUGGGCUUAAAAACAAUUGAGGCAGGACAGUUGGAACUCAAGCACGAAGCAUUGUCUAAAGAGCAGCAAGAAGAAUUUUUGUUAGCAUUGGCCCUUAUAGACAAGGAUGAUGAUGGAAAAAUUACAGAUGCUGAGCUGAAACAUGUUUUAGAUAAUCUUCAAAUAGAAAUCAACGACGAUGAAGUUAGAGAAAUGAUUAAGGAGGCUGACACUGACGGGAAUGGGCACCUUAGCGUGCCUGAGUUAAUGAAACGUCUCUAUGGAGAUGCUUGGAAAGAAAUCCAAGACAAUGUCGACGAGGUAUUUCCAUUUGCUGAUAAAAACGGAGACAAAAAGAUUACUCUGGAGGAAUUUAAAAAUUUUAUGAAGACUCUAUUCCCAAAAUUAAGCGAGGAAACAGUCCAAAAAAUGCUCGAACUGGCAGACAGUAGCAAUGACGGGACGAUAAGCCGAGAGGAAUUCUGUCAUGUCCUUCUACGCUAUCGUCAACCACCUGAGGAUGCUGAUGCUGAAGACUUCCACCAAUCGGGACAUAUGCUUAAAAGGUUUUUUGGGUGGGUAAGAGGCAUUUUCUCUCCACUGGCAAAAAUAGCUCAAAAGCUAAAAAACUGUUUUGUCGCAAUUGAAAAGUGACAUUGUUCAGGGAAAAACUAUUGAUAGACGUGUUGUACUACUCGUGAUUUCCACUCUGAUUUUCUUGGUUAUGUUCAUACCGUUUUGUUCAGGUAGGAAAAUAAGAAUAAAAUAUUGUAA